AUGAAAAAAACGCAUGACCAUGAUUUUGAUGAUCACGAUACUGGUGUUGAAAAGAAAAAAUUGAAAUAUAGUAGUCAUGAUAUUUCAUCCUCCAUCAGCACAGUUUAUCAUUCGGAAGCAUUUGGUAAUUUCAACCAAGAAUCUGUGAAAAUUCAGUUGAUGGAUUUUAAUUUACAUGAUACAAAUCAUUCUGAAGCUUAUCAUUUACUUUAUAGAAAAUUUGAAAAUCAAAGAAAGGGUUUUUUAAAGUGGUUUCGUCAUAAACAAGAAUUUAUUACUCGAGUUCGGAACCGAUUAUGUGAUUAUUUACCCAUCGAGUUUAUGUAUGAUCGGGAUGUUAUUUUAAACAUUGGAAUAUUCCAUCAUUCAUUAUUGUUGUAUAGACUGGAAAUUACAGACAAGGGUCUAAUGCUUGAGAUUGUUCAAAAGAAUGGACGAGCUCUACUUUGUGCUUCAACAACAUUGCGAGAGGAUCGGGAUGUGGUUCUUGAAGCUGUACAUAACGAUAUUCAUGCGUUGAGAUAUGCUUCGGUCGACUUACAAAAUGAUAAGGAGGUUGUGUUUCAAGCAUUUACAAGCAAUGCCCAAACAGAGUUUUAUAUUGGAAUGAGAUGGAAGCCACGUCAAUUAUUACAAGACACGGAAUUUAUCUUGUCGAUUGUGCGUCAUAAUGUCAAAAUUCUUGCAGAACCUUGUUGUGCUGAUUUGGUGCAGGACUUUCAUUUCAUGCUUGAAGCAUUGAAGGUGAAUGUACGUUCGUUAGCGUAUAGUUGUGCUUCCUUACGCAUGAGCAAAGAAUUUAUGAAAGAAGCAGUGAAAAUCAAUGGGAAUGCGCUUGAAUUUGCGUCACAGGAUUGUCAAAUGGAUCCUGAAAUACUUUCUAUAGCAUGUAAUAACCUCACAUAUUCGCUACAAUUUGCUACUCUAGCACAACGAAGUGACAGGCAAUACGUAUUACGUUCACUGAGACAAGCGUUCCGUUCUACGGAUUUGCAAUAUGCUUCUUAUGAAUUACAAAAUGAUAGGAGCGUGAUUUUGGAAGCCAUGAAAAUUCAGCAAAGUGCUGAUCCGUAUUGUUACGCUUCAGAAGAGCUGAGAAGUGACAAGUUAUUGGCCUUAACAGCAUUAUCAUAUUCACCAAAUAUCUAUCUUGUCACAUCAGAAAAUCUUCAGAAAGAUAAGGAAAUUAUUAUUGCAGCAAUUAAGAAUACACGUCAUGUUUCGUUUAUUCUCGAAUCUCAGCAUGCCAUUCAACAUAGAAAUGAUCCAGACGUAAUGCAAGCAGUGAUGAAAGGCUGUAAUCCCAAAUUUGGUCACUGUAAUUUAGAAGAAUAUCCAGAAAUAAUUCAAGCACAAGAUAAGGUCACAUUGUUGCAGAAAGUACAUCAGGCAAGCAAGAUGUAUUCUGACGACUCGGCCAUAUUUGCGGAUGUGUCAAGAUUUUGCAACAGCUCACUUUAUACAAAAUAUCAAGAUGAAGAAUUUUGGUUGAAAUUGAUCGCAAUUAGUUGUUAUUUCCUACAAUUUAUUCCAACACAAUUCAUUACUAAGGAGUUUGUGAUCAAGGCAUUGAAAUACAAUGGUUCAUGUUUAACACAUUUGUUAGUGACAGAGAAAUUUGGACACAACGACGACGAGUUGAAAUAUGUUGCAUUCAAGGAAGGAGGAUUUUGUGAAACUUCUUUUUUAGAGAGUUAUAUCUUUAACACACGCAUGGAUUUGUGUUAUAUGGGUGCAAAGGUUACGAAGAGCAUUGUGUUGGAUUAUUUACCAGACCAUUAA